CCAGAAUGACCCAUUCCCGUGCGAAUCUCGAUCUCAACCGGAACCGGCGACGAUGCUAUCUCCGUGGCUAGCGGCGAUCUUCGCUGCCUUGGCUGCCCUAUUCCUGUACGACUGGCGCGCCCGCCAAAGCGAGUCUUACCGAGCGGCUCUUCAAUACCCAGGAAAUAGGAUGCUUCCAGUGGUCGGCAACCUGCUGGAGGUGCUGGUCAAAGAUCCCGCGCAGGCGUUCGCGUACGCCCGAUCGAGUGCGGCCAAGUUUGGACGGUCCUACCGGCAGUGGAUCUUCAACGAUGUGAUUGUGAACGUUACCCGGGUUCGGGAAGCGGAGCCGAUCCUGUCCAGUGUGAAGCACACUAGGAAAAGUGUUAUUUAUCGGUUUUUGGCCCCGUUGAUGGGGGAUGGCUUGCUGUGCAGUAGGGGGGACAAGUGGCAGGGGCGGAGGAAGAUCCUGACGCCGGCGUUUCACUUUAACAUCUUGAGCAAAUUUUUGUUGGUGUUUCAGGAAGAGGCGGAUAAGCUGGUUGAGGGUUUGGAAGAGUCGGCAGCGAGUGGGGAUGACGUGGUGCUACAGUCGAUCGUGACUAGGUUUACGCUGAACACCAUUUGUGAAACGGCCAUGGGAGUUAAGCUGGAUACGUACAAAAGUGCCGACAUCUAUCGUUCGAAAGUGUACGAGGUGGGUGAGAUGUUGGUACAUCGUACGAUGACCCCUUGGUUGUACGACGAUGGAGUGUACAACUUUUUCGGUUAUCUUAAACCGCUCGAAGAUGCUAUUGUUCCGAUUCAUGAGUUUACCAGGGAUAUCAUUCAGCAGAAGCGAAAGCAGUUUUUGCAGGACUCGACAUUCGUGGAUAAACUUGACGAUCAUGGAGGAUCUAAACAGCGCUACGCCAUGUUGAACACUCUCCUCAUGGCGGAAGCGGACAACGCCAUUGAUGAAGAAGGAAUUCAAGAAGAAGUCGAUACAUUUUUGUUCGAAGGCCACGACACUACGGCGGCCGGCAUCAUCUUUACGAUCUUGCUUCUGGCAAAUGAACAGGACGCUCAACGACGUGUCUACGAAGAGCUCUCCAAGGCUCGUCGGUUGAAGCCCGAACACGAGGCUUUCACCAUUGCGGACUAUACAAAUCUUAAAUAUUUGGAUCGGUUCGUAAAGGAAGCUCUCCGACUGUACCCACCGGUUUCGUUUAUAUCUCGAAGUCUAACCGGCCGUCUUGACGUCGAUUCCACCACCACCUUGCCGCACGGAACCAUCGCCAACAUUCACAUCUUCGAUCUGCACCGUGACCCCGAGCAGUUUCCCGAUCCCGAGCGGUUCGAUCCGGACCGAUUCCUGCCGGAGGUGUCCGCCAAGCGCAAUCCGUACGCGUACGUUCCGUUCAGCGCGGGCCCGCGCAACUGUAUCGGCCAGAAGUUCGCACUGCUCGAGCUGAAGGUGGUCGUGUGCGCGCUGCUGUCGAGCUUCCGUGUUCUACCCGUAACAACGCGGGACGAGGUGGUGUUUGUGGCGGAUCUCGUGCUUCGAGCCAAGACACCGAUCAAGGUUCGGUUCGCCAGACGGUAGCGUAUGACUUGAAGGGUUUGUAAAUAAACAAGAUGAAACCUUUCUUAUAACAA